AUGGAGUCCGCCCCCCUCAGGAAAAAGCUGGGCUGCCUACGUCAGGAGAAUGCCUGUCUUACCAUGCAGAACAAACAGCUCAUUGGUGACUUGGAGGCUAAACAAUAUGAACUGACCACCUCUAAGACCAAGGUAGGAUAAACAUAAACCUGCUCCAAGGUUGGAGUUAAAAGCAAUAAUGUGGCAGUAAUGAGUGAGCAGAUUCUUGGCCUUGAGGCAGAGCUGGAGGCUCAGACCAAACAACUAAGGGCAACAGAGCUCAGGGCAGAACGUUGUCAGGUGGCAGCAGCCCAGAGUGAUGGUCUGGUAACCAAACUAACCGAGGAGCUGAGCGCGCUCAGAGCUGAGAUGAACAAUAAGGCAACAGUGAGCAAACGGGCCGAGCAACAGAGGAACCAAGCGCUCCACAAUGCGGAGGAACUCAAAGAGGCAUAUAAAGAAUACAAGGCUACCAUUGCUCUUAAACUUCACAAGGUGAUGGAGAGCGAGGACAGGCUAAAAGAGAAUCUGCUCGAGUGCGACAGAGAAAAAGUCAAGUUUGAGAUGAAGUGCACUGCACUUGAGAGAGAGACGGCAGAGAAGAGCAAAACAAUUAGCCAACUGUCGGAUGAGUUGAGACAAGCUAGGUCCCAGACUGCAGACCGAUCGGCCUUCCAGGCUCGUCUCGAGGACGCCAGAUGUCGUACCUCACAGCUGGAGAGGGAACUUGCUGAGCGGGCUGUGGAGGGCAGAGAGCUAGCUUCUUUGCGUAGGGAGCUUGAAGGUCUCCGAGCACUAACCCAGAGCCAGGAGCAGAGGGUGGCUCAGUGCCACAGAGAGGCACAGCAGAGCCAAGAAGAACUGUCCAGCCUGGAGGCCAUACUAGCCCUACUGCAUCUACGAGAGGGUCCUGAGGGGCCACUUUGUGUCAGACCCUGUAUCAUGCCACCAGUGGACUUUUCAGUAACGACACCCCUAUUCAAGUUGAAGACAGGUGAACGCUACCAGCAGCUGCUGCCAGCGCUCCAGUCAGUGGAGGCUGAGAGGGUCAGGCAGAGCAGUCUGGCCCAGCGGCUCCAGGAUCGUCUGAACAGGGCCCAGGAGGAGAUCUCCUCCCUGCAGAGCUCCAUGGCCCAGAGAGCCUCCCACUACCAGAGCCUCCACACUGAGCUGCUGGAAAAAGUCAGCCAGGCCAUAGAUACGGAGAAGGAGCUGAAGAGGAAGAGUGCACGUGUCGCCGCAUUGGAGAAACAGCUCCAGGAGAAAUCCUCUGCCUAUAGUCAGGCUGCACUGAAGACCACUGAGCUGGAGCAACAGCUACUGGAGAAGACUAGCACAGUCCAGCAUUACCAGUCGCUGAUUAGCAAGAAGCACAGGGAGUACCAGCAAGCUCUGGACAAGUGUAAAAGAGCACAAACUCAACACUUAACAGAGCUACAACACAAAAUAGACGUGUUGCAAUUGUCAGUCGAGGAGUCUCGGUCUCGUGUGUUGGAUCUGGAGCAGAAGCUGAGUUCAGCCCAAACAGAGCUAGAGGAGGCGCGGAGUGGAGCCCUCCUUCAGCAAGCCACCAUAGACCAGCUCACACAGGAAAAUGAGGCUGAGAUGAGACGCAGUGAGGAAGUGCUACAGCGUUUCAAAGAUCAGGCAGCCACAUCUGCAACUAAGGUGUGCGAGUUGGAGUCAUCCCUGACGGUGUGUAGAGAUGAGCUAAGUUCCUACCUGCAGCAGAUGGAGGCGGUUGAAGAGAACUACAGCACUGAACUGCAACAGAACAGUGUCAAGGUGUCUUCUCUCCAGGAGAAGCUGCACAGCAUCAGUCUGUUGUGUCAGAGCUCCAGUGAGCAGAAUCUGCACCUCCAGGAGUCUCUCCAGCAGCGGCAGGCCAUGCUAACAGAGAGCGCUGCCCGCAUCGCGGAGCUGGAAGAGAGCCAGAGCCUGCUGCAAAGUCGGGUGUCUGGUCUAGAAAGGGAGCUGGAGCAUGCACGGUCCUCCUUAGAGGUGGAGGUGAGGGGCAGAGAAAUGGCGGCCCAGGAGAAAGACAGGGAUGUGCAUGAGAUGAGCCAGCAAACCACAAGACUCUCUGAAUCUGUCACUCAGCUGACGUCAGAGAUGACCAGAUGUCGUGGAGAGUUGUCGACCAUGGAGUCCGAGCUGCAGCGUCUGAGGAAGGAGACCGGCGACAAGAAUUUCCAGAUCAGCAAAAUGGAGCACAGUUUGCAGCACACACAGUGCCUUCUGGACAAGAAGAAUGACAUAUUGGUGGAUCUGGAAGAGAAGUUACACAGAAGUGAAGCAGACAGGCGGAACUCAAACCAACGGGUCCAUAUACUUGAAGGACAGCUUCAGGUGGUACGCAGGGAGCUGGUGGACACUUUUGAGCAGCUAAAGGAGCUCCGGGACGUUCUGCAGAAGACCCAGAUCACCGCUGAUGAGCGCCAGUCCUCGCUUGAAAGACUGACUGUUGAACUUAGGGAGUGCAAGAGGGAGUUGGAGGAGAAGACUCAUGAGGUUCUAGACUUGGACAAUGCACUGAAGGAAAGGCAGGGGGAGCUCCAACAGAGAGCAGAGCUGCUGGGCCAGUUGGAUGUAGCCAUCAGAGAGCAUAAACAGGAGAUGGAGAGGAAGGUGGAAGCUUUGCAGCAGACCUUGGAAGCCAGAGAAGAGGAGCUGAGAGCUGCACAGAGAGAGCUCAAAGACAGAGAUGUGGAGGUGUCCAGUGAGCUUGGCCAACAGCUGCGUGAAUGUGAAGAGAAGCUUCAGAAAGUCACUGUAGAGCUACAGGGUGCCCACUCUCUCUGUGGGGCCCUGACCAGAGAGUUGGAGACAACCAAGCAACAGACAAAAGAGAAGGAUGCUCGGCUGUGUUGUGCUGAGGAGGAGCUGGCUAUCAAGGAAGCCCGCUGGCUGCAAUCAGAGGCCAGGCUACAAAACACUGUCACCUCCUUACAGCAGGAGCUGGAGCUGGAGAGGGAGCAGCACAGUACAGAGCUGAUGUCCCUGCAGCAGACACGAGGCCAGCUGCUGAAAGUCUCUGAACAGAUCUCCUGCUCCAUGCGCUCCUCUCAGGAGCAGCUGACCACAAAGCUCCAGCAGAGCCAGGCCCAGCUAGACCAAACCAAGAGUGAGUUGGACCACAUCAGGGUGCGAUCCAGUCACCUACAAACACAGUUAGACGAGAGCCAAGACCAGCUGGUCCAGACCAAAACACAACUGGAGCAGGCUAGGAUGCUGUAUGAGCAGACAAGGCUCGAGAAUGGUCAUCUCCAAGCCCAGUUGGAGCAGUGCAGGGCCCAGUUGAAUCAAGCCAGAGUCCAGGUUUCCCAGCUCCAAAGCCAGCUCCAUGCCACCAAGAAAACUAUGGAAAGUGCCAGCGAGACCCUGCUAAUCAAGGAGUCAGAGGUGACUCGUCUCCAGACCCAGAUCUCCAGUCUGGCGAGAGCCUCUGAGCAGCACCGUUCGAUCAUCCCCACCACGCUCCUCAGUACUCUGCCUCCUCCGUCCACACACACACACUCUCUCCCCACUCUGCCUACACAUACAUUCUCCUCUACAAUACAAACAACUGUCCCCCCUCCCACAGACACCUCCAUAAUGCACCACCUCACGACAGUCACUCAAACGCUGGUCUCUUCCUCACCAACACCUGUGCACAGUCAGGCAUAUGACCAGUCUACUCCCCUCACACACUCUGUCCAUGUCCAGGCCCCUCACCUGCCUCAUCACACCCAUCAAAGCCUCUCCUGUGACUGGCCAGGGCCCAACAGCGCAGACUCUUCUCUGGAUCUACCCCAGAGCCUGAAGGCUAUGUUGAAGGAAACCCUGGACCAGCAGUCCUGGGAGUCCCUCUCCAUCUCCUCCUGCCCGGACACAGUUGACCACAGUUGGCAGGGCCUGAGCGCUCAGGAUUCCACCGUGGGCACGGACCUGUCUUUCAACCCACUCACUUACAUGGCAGACAAACUAGACAACGAGGAAGCAGAGGAAGGAGAAGACAGAUGCCCCAACAGGGACCUCAAGGCAGGUGAGGAGGAGAUGAGAGACCCAAGGAGGGAGUCAGUUUUCAGGCUGUAUGAAGAGGAGGAGGAGAAGUCUGAGGCGGAUUUGGGGUCUUUGACUGGGAUGCUGAGGUUUGUUAAUCAGACUUUGGCCAUGCAGGAGGAUCCCUCUUUCUGGAGCUCCUCAAGGCUUUCGCAACCUGGACCUCACCUCACAUUACAGAAGGACUUCAAGGAGACAUGAAGCUGAUCUACCAAGGAACUAUGAAAACAGGAAAUCAGUCUGCUCAGGCUUUUUGGAUAAUUGAUUUCCUUUACAAGUCUUUCUUUGAACCUAUGUACUAUUUAAUCUGUGUUUGUACAUUAUGCACAUUUUGUAAACUUAGAGGUGUUUUUUUACAUUUCGUAUUAAAUAUGUCCAUUUUGAUAUGUGUUAUUUAAAUCAAGUUUCAGACAAACCGGCGGCCUGUCUGGGAUGUCUCCCCGCCUGCCGCCCGGUGGCUGCUGGAGCAUCCACCGAAUGACUUAUACGGCCGCAGGGAUGCCAGAGCAUCUCCGUGACUCUGGUAGCAGGAUAGGUGGUUAGGAUAAUGGGUGGAUGGACAGUGUUGUCUGCUAGGGACUGGUUCCAUGACUUGUCACUCAUUUAGAUCUCAUUUAGAUUACUAGUUGGCUACCUGUCUGUAAAUGAGCUACAGCAAAAUGUUCUGUCGUUUAAUAUAAAUGUUGCAUUUAAUAUAUAUAUUUUUACAUAGUUUUAGAUGAGCUAAUUGAGCAGCUUUGAUAGAAUA